AUGGUUCUGAUCGGAAAGACUGGCAAUGGGAAGAGUACUUCUGGAAACACCAUCCUGAGACGAAAUGUUUUUGAGUCAAAAGUUUCUCCCAAAUCCGUAACAAAAGCUUGCCAGAGAGAAACAGGACAGAUCGAUGGUCGACCUGUUGUUGUGGUCGACACCCCCGGCUUGUUUGACACAUCUAAAACGAUGUCCGCAGACGAAGUUGAGCAGGAGCUUCUGAAAUGCAUCGACAUGUUGUCUCCUGGACCUCAUGUGAUCUUACUGGUGCUGCAGAUCGGAAGAUUUACAGAGGAGGCAAAAGACACUGUGGAGCUGAUCAAGAGAGUUUUUGGUGAAAAUGCAUCAGAUUACAUCAUUGUUCUGUUCACCAGAGGAGAUGAACUGACAAACCAGUCAAUCAGAAGUUACAUAGCAGCUUGUGAUGACUACGUCAGAAAGCUGAUCGCUGAGUGUGGAGGCAGAUAUCACGUCUUCAAUAAUAGAGAUCAGACAAACCACAGACAAGUCAGAGAGCUGAUGGAGAAGAUUGACAACAUGGUGAAGGACAAUGGUGGCAGCUGCUACAAAACAGGGACAAGGUUUGAAAAAGACAUUCAAAAGAUUUUGGAAGAGAUGCGAACAGAAAUGCAACAAAUGAAAGGCCUUGAAAGACGAUACGAGGAGAGAAUUGAAGAGCUAACAAGAAAGGUUGAAGCACAGGGAACAGAAAUGGAAAAGGAGAGAGUCAAACAUGGAGAGGACAAAAAAGAAAUAAUGACUCUCAAAGCAGAAAUAGAGAAUCUGAAGAGUAGGGGAAACAGAAGACAAUGCAUCGUCCAGUAA